UUCAACAGCCCAGCCACAAAUCCACAACCACAAUGGCGCCUGCUGGCAGCAGCCUCCCGCCGCAGCUCCGCGUCCUCCACACCGCCCUCGUCGCGCCAGCUGCUCCCGCACUGCCGCCGCGCUCCAUCCCGCUCACCUUCUUCGACGUCAAGUGGCUCCACUUCCCUCCCGUCGAGCGCGUCUUCCUCUACCGCCUCCCCCCGGACGCCGACGUCGCCGCCGUCCUCUCCGCCCUCAGGACCUCUCUGUCCCGGGCUCUCUGCGCCUUCUACCCGCUGGCCGGCCACGUCCGCCUCGCCCACAAACGCCACGAGAUCCUCUACCGCCCGGGCGACGCCGUCCGCUUCACCACCGCCGAAUACGACGUCGACGUCGACGACCUCGCCUCCGACGACCCCGUCCGGGUGGCCACGGUAGCCCCGCUCGUGCCGCCGCUGCCCGAGGGCCGCGCGGUGCUCGCCGUGCAGGCGACGCUGUUGCUCCGGGGCCUCGCUGUCGGCGUCACCGUCCACCACUCCGCCUGCGACGGCGCCAGCUCCACGCACUUCCUCCACACCUGGGCCGCCGGCGCCGGAGCUGUAGAUGACCAUCGUCGGCUUUCUCCUCCGCCCCCGGUCAUCGACCGGGCGCUCAUCCAGGACCCCAGGGGCCUCUACGACAUCUACCUGAAAAGCCUGCCGCCGAUGAUCUCCGACGACGGGUUCGAGUUCGUCAGCGCGGCGCCCAGCUCGUUCGAGGACAAGCUUGUGGCCACGUUCACGCUGCCCCAGAACCUGCUAGUCAGCAUCAAGGCCGCGGUCGCCGGCGAGGCGGCGCGCCGCGGCAUCACGACGCCGCCCCGGUGCUCAUCGAUCCUCGCCACGUACGGCUUCAUCUGGUCCUGCUACUGCCGAGCGAUGAGAGCCGCAGGGACGACGACACGCAGGAGGGGCGAAACGGCCAGCUACUUCGUCUUCUCGGUGGAUCAGCGCCGUCGGCUGAAGCCGGCGAUCCAGGCCACCUACUUCGGAAACUGCCUCUGCCCGGCCAUCGCCUCGGCGCCGGAGGAGGAGGUGGCCGCCGCGGGCAUCGGCGGCCUGUUCGCUGCGUGCGCAGCGGUGGGAGCGGCGGCGGAGGAGGAGGUACGCGAGGGGGCGCAGGACACGUGGGACGCCUGCGUGGACCGAGUCAAAGAGGCUGUCGCCCACGGGAUCCUGUCCGUAUCCGGCUCGCCCAGGUUCCAUGUCUACGACGUGGACUUUGGCUUGGGCCGGCCGGCCAAGGUGGAGAUCGUGUCGGCGGCCAAGGGCGGCGCGAUAGCGGUGGCGGAGGCACGCGGCGGCGGCGGCAUGGAGGUGGGUGUCUCUCUGCCGGCGGCCGCUGGUGACAUGGAGCGAUUCCAAAAGAGUUUUGCGGACGGCAUUGCGUGGCUCGAUUUGCUCGUCCAUCCAACAUCCAACGGUUGCUAGCUAUAGCUUGCAAGUUGCAACUUGCAGUAUACUGCGUGGAUGUGCACUGUCAUUUUGCCUGCCCCAUCUUUGACGGCCGCAUUGCAUGCCUCUGUCUACUUAUACUACUACUACACGCACACAUAUGUGAAUUGAAUAACUUCACAGGAUUUGGCAGCAGCAUCUCAAGAGGUCAAGGACUACUCGGACACACGAGUGACACAUAUAAGAAUGAGUGUUUCUAGUGUGUCAGUUCUUCUCUUUUACAAGAUUGUGUCUAUCCUCUUAUUGACUAAGCUACAACAAUAUACCUGCAUCCAUGAUCCAUCCAUUUCAUUUUCCACUAUUGCUAUACUGUUGUCCUCGCCCUACGGCCCUAGUAGUUCAGGAACCUCAAUGCACUCACCCUAGCUGAGAGUACAAGGAUGUGAACUUAAUAGUCUUCAGAGUAUCUCCAGCAGUCCCCCAAUAAAUAUCUCCAAUAAUAU